AUGGGGUUCCUCCAUUCCUCUCCGCUCCCCAAUCCUACUCACUACCACCACCGUCACCACCACCACAACCACCCUUCUUCUUCUUCUACUUCUGCUGUCCCCUCAGACGAAGACCUCAAAAUCCGACCUGGCUACUCCUCCUACGACUCCUACAUCGAACGCCAACUCAACAAAACACUCAACCCAAAACUAAGAAAAAUAUGGACAACCCGAGACUGGGACCGUAAAAUCCAAGUCUUCUCCAGAUUCUUCCAGGAACUGAAGCUCCGAAACCUCCUCUCCAACUCCUCCAAGUCUUUGUGCAUCGGCGCCCGGGUUGGCCAAGAGGUCGAGGCUCUCAGACGUGUCGGCGUCUCCGACUCCAUCGGCAUCGACCUCGUGCCUUACCCGCCACUCGUCUUAAGAGGUGACUUCCAUAACCAACCUUUCAAUAACGAGACUUUCGAUUUCGAGUUCUCUAACGUGUUCGACCAUGCGCUUUACCCGCAAAAGUUCGUUGCCGAGAUUGAGCGGACGCUGAAGCCCGAUGGGGUCUGCGUUUUACACGUGGCGUUAUCGAAACGGGCUGACAAGUACUCGGCUAAUGAUUUGUACAGUGUUAAACCGUUAGUUAAGUUGUUCCAGAGAUCGCAGCUGGUUCGUGUCCGCAAAGUUGACGGGUUCGGAUUGGACACCGAGGUUGUUUUUCGUAAGAAAAAUAUGAUCCAACAGUCCUGAUUUUUUUUUUUUUUUGUUUUCCUUUAUCAUUUACGUUUAUCAAGUUUUGAUAUA